UGUUAUCUCUCGCGAGCCUUUCAAAAUAAGAGAUGGAAGAACGGCAGCAGGCUGGGCCUGGGAGAGGCGGGGCCGGGGGUGGGCGGAGCGCCGUAGGUAUUGAUGACGUAACGGCGGCCAGUGACGCAGCCCUCCUAGGACUGCUCUGGCCGGUGCACAAAGCAAGUGCUUUUGGCUGAGAAGAUGCAGCCACAGUCUGAUCCUUUGUCGCUGGGAUUCCACCGGGUGUUCACGCACACUGACUGGUCUGAGCCAUGGUUACUGGGACUUUUAGGCUUCCACAUACUUUGCUUGUUGCUCACAUACCUUACUUUCCAACGAUAUCGACUUCAGAUUGGGCAUUUCCUGUGUUUGGUAAUUUUAGUCUAUUGUGCUGAAUAUAUCAAUGAACUGGCUGCUAUGAAUUGGAGGUUGUUUUCUAAAUACCAGUAUUUUGAUUCCAGAGGGAUGUUUAUUUCCAUGGUUUUUUCAGCACCAUUGCUAUUAAAUGCUAUGAUCAUUGUGAUUACAUGGGUGCGUAAAACAUUGACUGCAAUGACUGAGUUGAAGAUCCUGCAACAAAAAAGAAAAGCAGGAAGAGAAAAGAGGAAGAAAGCAGAACAAUGUAGAUGAACUUUUCAUUGAAUUUUCUAACAUUUUCUAGCAGUUUUUUUUUUGCUUCGAUAUUUGUGUAUCAUGCAGGAAAAUAUGUUUCAGUGAUACCUUAAUGGGUUCAUAAUUUGAAGCAGCCAUAUAUUCUUUUAUUUCAUUGUUCACUGUGAUAAAAGAAAAUACUCAGUUCACUUAUUUAAUAUGUCUUAAUUUAAUAUUAAAUGAUACUGUUUCCUAGAGCUAUAAAAUUGCAUUAUAUUGCUGUCAUUAUUAUUGUAGUCUAAAGAUAAUCUGAACGAUAAACCCAGAUGUGUAAUUUAACUAAUUUCAGUGUUCCAUCUAAACUAUAUCUGUAUUUAUUUAGAAAUUUGUUCCAUUUUGUUUAGUUAUACAUUGAUUAUUUAUAUCAUGGGUAUUGUUCAGCCAUUUAUAAGGUUCCUUUUGGCCACAUGCUGAAUCUAUAUUCAAUUAUAUUUCUCCACUUAUAUUUUAAUCUGUUUCAGGUUUACUCAGCAGUGUUAUGAACUUGCUGCAUGUUUGGCACCUCUGAUUUUUGUGCUAUAAUUUCUUAGCAUUAAAUUUUUUAUAUCUAACAUUUAAUAAUGAUCUUUGACAAAAUAGAAUGUAGCUUGUUGACAUGGUUAAUUUUCGUGUAAACUCAACAGUGUCCUUUUCCCAAACAAACUUUAAUGUCUUAAGAUAAUAACCUUUUGUGUUUUAAAUUAAGUUUUAAUGGACUGCUCCUUAAAUUAUAAUCCUAUUGUUCACAAAAGCUCUUUUUGUAUAGAUUUUUGUGCCAUCAUGACCAAAUAAAAACCAUGAAAUAUAGAAUAAACUGUAAUCAGUUUUAAAAUAUUUGUUUAAAAAAAUAUGUGCUUGAAAAUAUUUUUAAAAUUGUUUUAAAAUGAAGUGAUUAAUACUUUUGUCCCCAAAAUCUUAAGCAUUAAUUCACUGAGACUUUUAGAACACUUUUAUAAUUAAGCAUACCUCGGAAUAUUCUGAGAAUAGUAUAAUGAUAAAACAACUCUCCAUUUUCAAAGUCUUAUACUUUCAGAAAAUAUCAGAAAAUAAUCAAUUUAAUACCUUUAAAUGAGAUGUUUAAUCAUUCAAUUUUUAUAAGGUUUGUGUUUGAAUUUUCAGAAUUUGACCAAUCAGAAGAAAGUAUCAUUAAUUUUAUUUUUAAAGAAACCUAUAUAGUAUGAUACAUCCUGCAUUGUAAUCUCACUCAUAAAGUAAUAUUCAGGUUUCAACUCAAUUUAAAAUUGCUUUAUUUACAUAAAGAAUAGUGAGUGGUAGUUGUGGGGGAAAAGUAUAAAAAUUCUUCAUAAGGCAGAGUGAUAGAGAUCUGUGUUAUUGACAAUAGCAAUACAAUUUAUCUGAUGUCUGCUAUGUCCCAGAUGUUGUGCUUUACAGAUUUUAUCUCAUUUGAUCAUCACAUCAGCCUAGGCUGGUAUGUGUUAUUAUUUGGUUUUACAGAUGAAGAAAUGGAGUUACUUGCUCAGGGCUACACAACUAGUAAAUUGUAAGAGGUUGAAUUUGAUAUCAAGUUUUCCUAAUUCAAGGUUUGUUUAUUGUACUACUAAGCUGCCUUUUUUUUUUCUUUAAAAGUUCCCCCCCCCCCCAUUUUAAAAAAUAAAGUGACAGUUCUUCAGUUUUUUCCUGAGUGGGGAAAAUUAAGUCUCCUUAAUAUUCUAGAAAUAAAAAAGAUAGAUGACUGAAUUAGAGAAUCUAUGCAUGAAACUUUUAAAAGCAAAAUAAUCUCUUCUUUGAAAAUUGAAUCCCAUAUAGUUGAAAUACCUGUCUUUUUCCGUAUCAUUGAAAACAUCAUAACCACAAAUAUCCAUAGUUGUUUAUUGGAUAUUAGCUUGUCAUUUUACAGAGUGGCUUAGCUUAAUUUUUAAACUAAGCAAGAAGCAUUUAACCGGAAAGUAUUUUAUCAGCUCUCUGAUAUGUGUCAUCAUAGUUCUUAAGUAUAUUCCUGGGCAUUGAAUAUGAAAUAGUAAUGUAAAGAGAUAUAAUGUCAUUAUUAUGGCUUAAUUUUUAGUGAACAUAAAUCCAGUAUAAUUAGUUUCAGGUUUUAAUGUAUAGGAUCCUGAUAAUUUGCAGAUCAGUAAGGCUUGAAUAUUAACUGAGUAAAUGACCAUAAUAUUCUUCAGAAUUUGCUAAUUUGGGAUGCUAAAUGAGUCCAAAGAAGAAAGAGAAUUAACAGACUAUACAAUUUUCUCAAUUUAUACUGAAGAAAGAACAUUUUUCUUAUGUAACAUUUUAAAAGUAUAAAAAAUUCGUUAAGGAGAUUGAUACUAAUGUCAAAUUCAGUAAUUAGAUCAUCAUAAUAGAAAUGGAAGUAGCUAAUGGGAAAACAAUAGCACACUAUAUAUGAAUUUUUAUCUUUGUAUUAGAGUGAUUUGAAAGCAAUCAAAGUAAUUUUUAAAAUGAAAGUUGGACCUAUUCUCUAUCUCAAAGAUAUAGAUAUAUGGAUACAGAUAUUUGACUUCACUAAAAAAAAGGAAGUUUAAAAAAUAUGAAUUGCCUCUGUAAAUUAAACCUCAUUUAUGUUUUACUUGAAUGUUUAUAUGAACCUAGAAUUACCUUGGACAUGAUUUGAACCCUUAUUUUUAAUAUAAUAAAAUAUUCUUGACAAAUUAAAAACUGCAAGGAUUGAGAAGUGUUUUACUAAUUAUAUUUAGUUUUUUUGUUUGUUUGUUUGUUUUCCGUAUCACAUUUAUAUUAACCUGUUUGUCAUUAAGAAAUUCUUUUAAGGAUUUUAAAUUUGAAAAAAAAACAAUUAGAUCAUUUGAUCUUGUUUCCAAAGCUGUUUAAUGUUUUUGUAUCUAACUAUCCCAUUAUAUAUCUCUUGGUGUUUGGUUGUGGUUAUUGGUAGAAAGUAUCCUACAAGCCAAAUUACAUAAUUAAGCAUGUAAAAAGAUCAUAUGCAGAAUCUCACUGGGUGGCUCUCCUGUUCAUAGACUCUCUAGUAUCUCUUUUAUAAAGUACAAAUUCUUCAUCCUGACAUUUAAAGCCAUUUCUUAUCUGACUUUAUCCUAGAAUUAUUUCAUAUUUCCUUUCAUGAAUAUUUACUCCAGCUAUGCUGCUACUGUCCUUUCUUUAUGUUCCUGCACAGGCUGAACUCCACUUCUUUCCUACCAGGCCUAGAAUUAAUUCCCUUCCUACUUAUCCUCUUCCUCUGAGACAUUUAGCUUCACUUAAGACUUAUCCUAUGUGCCAUUUUCUAAGGGAAUUUUUUCUUUAUCACUAUUAGUGACUUAAGCCUCAAAUUGUUGUGUUUAUCUUUGUAAAUCUUGUAUCCUAUAAUGGAAUAUAAACUUUUCUUUUUCUUUUCUUUUUUUGAGGGAAGUAAGUGAUGAGUAGAGAAAGAGUUGUGCUGAAUCAGAUAUUUUUGUGACCCUUCCAAAACAAUGAUAUAUUAUUAUGUAAAUCUAUACUGUCUUGUAUUUAUAUUUUAAUGAAACAAAUAUAUUGUUAAUAAAUUGAUAUAUUUUCUUAAAAUUCUGUUGAAACAA